AUGGCGAAUCAACCCCUCGAGAGCAAAAGCGUGGCCAAGGUCGAGACGGAGGCCUACCCCUACGACCUGGGCAGUUACUCGCGCAAGGUCACGACCACUUCAGACGCUGCCCAGACGUGGUUCGACCGGGGACUCGUUUGGUCCUAUGCCUUUAACCACGAGGAGGCCGCACGAUGCUUCGCCAGGGCUGCCGAGCACGACCCUCAGUGCGCCAUGGCUCACUGGGGCCUCGCCUACGCUGUCGGGCCCAACUACAACAAGACCUGGGCUCGCUAUGACGCCCAAGACUUCAAGGCCAGUGCUGAGAGAGGUCGUGAGGCUCUGGCUCGCGCGACGGAGCUCAUAGAGCAGGCAUCGCCUGUUGAGCAGGCUCUCAUUCGGGCUCUCGUCACCAGAUUCCCCUCGGCGAAUGCCCCCUCAGACGAGACCCCGGCCACCCUCGACCGUGCCUACGCAGACGCCAUGAAGGCCGUACACGACGACUUUCCAUCCGACCUCGAAGUCAAGGCUCUCUACCCUGAGUCUCUCAUGUGCAUCCGCCCCCGCCAGCUGUGGAACCUCGACACCGGUGCCCCGACGACCCAGGAGACCGUCAAUGCCCGUCAUGCCAUCGAGGCUGGCUUCGCUCUGCCGGGUGGCCACACCCAUGCUGCUCUGAACCACCUUUACAUCCAUCUCAUGGAAAUGUCCCAGACCGUUGCCCUGGCCCUCCCCGCCGCCGACCGCCUGCGCGACCUCGUUCCCGAUGGCUCACAUUUACAACACAUGGCCACCCACAUUGACGCUGCCGUCGGUGACUACCGUCACAGCAUCGAAUCGAACCGCCGCGCGGCCCGGUCCGACGACAUCUACUUUGAGCGCGACUCGGCGAGCGUGCUGUACCAGGCCUAUCGCACGCAUAACCUCUCGGCCUUGGUGUACGCCGCCAUGAUGUCCGGCAGGUCCGAGGUCGCCAUCUCAGCGGCACACCACAUUAGACAGGUGUUGACGCCAAAAUUGCUGGCCGUGAGGUCACCGCCCAUGGUGGAUUGGGUCGAGUUCCAGGGCGGCAUUCUCGUGCACGCCCUGAUACGGUUCGGGCGGUGGGAGGAACUGCUGGAGGUCGAGCCACCAGCGGAUGCGAGCCUCUGGAGCAUCACGACGGCCGUUACUUUCUAUGGGCGAGCCAUAGCGCUUGGCGUCUUGGGGCGGAAGGAGGAGGCACGGGCGGAAAGGGACAAAUUCGAACAAGCGCGGGCUGCUGUGCCUAGGGAACGUCGAUGGGGUGUCACGGCUGUGGCCAAGGAGGUGCUUGAGGUGGCGUUUCUCAUGUGCGAAGGUGAACUUGUCUAUCGCGAGGGAGAGCAUGACCGAGCCUUUGACCUCCUUCGCCAGGCCGCCACACUCGAAGAUCAUCUUCCCUAUAGCGACCCGCCGCUCUGGAUGCAGCCGGUCAGGCACGCUCUGGGCGCUCUGUUGCUCGAGCAGGGCCGUUCCGAAGAGGCCGAGGUGGUAUACCGGCAGGACUUGGGCCUCAGUAAGGACCUGUCUCGGCGAAAGGCCAGGCUCGGUAACGUUUGGGGGUUGCACGGGCUGCAUGAAUCUCUCGUUCGCAACGGCAAGGAGGACGAGGCGUGGGCACUCAGUCUGCAAAAGGACGUUGUUACAGCAUCUGCCGAUAUUCGUGUCGCGGCAUCCUGUUUCUGCCGGGUGUCUGCGGUGGGGAAGCAGACGAACGGUGUAUGCUGUGCCUAG